AUGCGCUGGACCCUCUCUGCUAUAACCGGUGCAGCCGCCCUUACUUUGGCCGGAAAUACACCACCACCUCCUCAGCCAGAACUCAUAGAAACCGUUGAGCUUCCCUUACCACCAGUGGCUCCAGGUAAUGCCAAGGGCGCGUGUACAGCCUCAAUCAAUCCCCAUCGCACCGGUUGUAUUGGCAAAAUCUCAGAUUCCUUCCAAGCUGGUGAUUUCACACCCGAUGGAAAUCAUGUCGCUGUCACCGUGGAAUUCAUCGGUGCCCCUGUGGCCCCUGAUCCAGCCAGCAUAUACACAGACAAACAGCUCAUUCUCGUCAAAACGGACGGCACAAAUUUCACCAACGGAGACCCCUGGAAAUGUCUAAGUUGCGGUGUGCCUUCAGAGAAUGCGCGAUCUGUUGACCCCUCCAAGGACUAUCCUCACGUUGCUCGCAAUGCUCGCCAGGCACUCUGGGGUCACAAUAUUCUGGAUUGUGGUGGUAUUCCACUGGUCAGCGACCUAUGUUCUCCGAACAAAACACAUAUCUACCCGAUUUACUGGCCCACAUCCGUAAAUGGCUCCGGUACUCCAAGGGAAAUGCGAAUGCACCCAGACGAUAUUCACAUGGGCUGGAGUUCCUUCACUUCCGGCGGCGAAAAUUCCUAUUAUGGUCGACUGCAGUUCAACCCACAUCCCACGAGUGGAUCCCUUCGCGUCCCUCGAUACGAUCUAGUGGAUGUGAACCUACUCGUUCAACCAAAUGGAAAAUCACCCAUAAUGGCACAUGGCUCAGAGUUGACACUCUACGACCAAGCUAUCACAGUCGGCGAACUACGAGGUUUCACCGGCUCCGGAGAUGAAAUUCUGUAUAUUGGAGCCACACGCGAGGCAAACAACAUUGAUAUUAUGUCUGUUCACAUUAUUACUGGCGCAGUCCGCCGUCUCACUAGUCAUCCCGAAUACGCAGACCCGGUCGCAUUUUCACACGAUGAUCGAUGGUUUGUGACGAUGGACACCCGAGGCUCAGAUCGUCAAAUGUGGAUGUCAGGAAUGCGCCACGUACCCCCUUUGAUUGAUAUCGUCGCCACUACUGCGGCUGCGUCAACACGCAAUAACGGCGCCCGUCGUUUCUUCCAGCCGAUCUUGAUUGAUCGUUAUGGGGAUCGAGGCGAGUACUUCGGUCAACAGGUGAACUACAAAGGCGAUGGUAGCGAUGGCAGUGUCAACGAUCCUAAUUGGAACGGCAAGGCCGAUCCCGCCUUCUCCCCAGAUGGCACACACAUCGUGUUCUGGCAGAGUCUGGUAGUCUCCCCUGCGUGUGGAGGGGAGAAUCCUCUUCCAUGCCCGGUAUCCACGGCACAAGGUGGUCGAACAUAUCGGGUAAUGCUGGCGCGCCUCUCAAACCGAGAACCUGCAGAUGAGGCCCCUGUCUUUGCCGCCCCGGAUAAGAUUCCGUGGGCCACUCCAUUCCCACUUGGUGCAAGUGUGCCCACACCCUAUGCUCUGCCUGCAGGUAACUUCACGCUCAACGGCCAAUCAAGUGGCUUUGCCAAGGUGGCUUUGGUGAAAGACCCGAAGCUUGGCACUUUCAAAACCGUGUCCGUGAAGUACAAGAAUUACUCAGACGACGGAAUCCAUUUCAUCAAUGGGCAUGAGUCGGUGACUGUAACAUUAGCGGCGUCAGACCCCUGGGCUAAUCAUCUGGACUGGUAUUCUGAUCUCUUACAAGCUGGAGCAGAGAAUGCGACCAAAAUAACCGGUCCUGGUGGAUUCCAUCUAUCUAUCAAUGCUCUUGAAAAUAUCUUCGAGGCAAAUGGCACAUUGACAACGACUGUUGAUGGUGUGGCAUACCACCAACCCCUGAAUGGAGCCUGA